CUUCUUCGACCGGGCCCCGUCUAACAUGACUAUCCCUCAGACGUCUCCAAGUGCUCCAGACCACUUCAUCCUGCCGGAUCUUGUCUCGCACUGCAAGUUCCCGCUCUCUGUUCAGCCGAACGCGCUUGCAGUUGCCGCCGACUCGGAUCGUUGGCUCGACGAGGGCUGCCCCGAGCUCUCCCCUAAGAAGCGCCACGCCAUCUACACCUUGCAAGCCGGCAUUCUCACUGCGCAGUGCUAUCCCCAUUGCGAUGAUGAGCACAUGCGCGUGGUGGCCGACUUCCUCGUCUACCUCUUCCACCUGGACAACAUGACCGACGUGAUGGUUGCAGCGGGAACGGAGCAGCUCGCUGACCUCGUCAUGAACGCCCAUUGGUUCCCCGAGAAGUAUAUGCCCACCUACGCGCUAGGUGGUGAUCAACCGGACGAAGAGCCCAGCGCGGGGAAGCUCGCAAGGGACUACUGGUCGCGUUGCAUCAAGGACGCAAAGCCCGGUCCGCAGGCGCGUUUCAAGCAGAACCUCGACCUCUUCUUUUCGGCCGUACAGAUACAAGCAGCGAAUCGCAGCGCAGGAAUUAUCCCAGAUAUCGAGUCUUACAUUAUCGACCGCCGAGACACCAGCGGCUGCAGACCGGCGUUCGACCUCAUCGAGUAUUCGAUGGGGAUUGACCUGCCUGAAUACGUGCUAGAGGACCCUGUGAUUGUGACACUCAGUAACGCGUCCAACGACCUCGUGGCGUGGAGUAAUGACCUCUUUUCGUACAACGUCGAGCAAGCUCGCGGCGACGAAACCCACAAUAUGAUCACCAUCGUCAUGCAUUACCACGGCGUUGGACUGCAGGAGGCCGUUGACUACGUCGGCGAACUGUGCCGCCAGACGAUCAACGCGUUUGCAGAGAACCUCGAGCGCAUCCCGUCAUGGGGCCCGGACAUCGACAGGGAAGUUCAGAUCUAUGUCAAAGGUCUGCAGGACUGGAUCGUUGGUUCACUUCACUGGAGCUUCAUCACGCACCGAUACUUUGGGCCUUUGGGACCAGAGAUCAAGAAAACGCGCUUCGUGAAGUUGCAUCCAAAGAAGAAGAAUGCCUCGACGUGA